AACAAAAAAAAACAGUUUGAAAACAAUGAUUUAAUUAGUAUAGUAGUACAAAAUACACAUUUGACAAGAAUUGUUAAGAGCAUGACAUUUAAGAAAGGCAAGACAGAUUUAAAUUGAUACCGUUACAAACGAAGACAUUGAGCUUCGUUCAAUUGCAACAAAACUUUGAGAAUUGAAAUUGUGAUGGGAAUAUACCGUAGGCACAAAACAAAGUUGUUAACAUUGGUUCUUAUAAUUGCAAUCGGAAUGAUGUUGGCAAUUACCUUAAAGGAAAUGAUUACAAGAACAGUUCAUACCCUACUCGUUAUUCAUGAUGUUUUUGGAGAACUUAGAAAAAGUACAACGAUCCAUUAUGAGGGAAUCAUGGGGAAAAAAGACGACAAAACUAAGGAAACCAUUGACAUGUUUUUAAAAAAACCUUGUCCUGCUAGUCUUAUAUCAGAUACAGAUAUUCGAUAUUCCCAGGCAAAUCAAGAUGUAACUGUCUAUAAUCUCAUUAGAAAAAAAAAUGGAUAUUUUAUUGAAAUCGGUGGAUUCGAUGGAAAAACAUGGUCAAAUACAUUGUGGCUAGAAAGACGACACAACUGGACAGGAUUGCUUAUUGAGGCAAACCCAGACAAUUGUCAUGCGAUUGACAAAUUACAACGUAAUAUAUGGCGUCUUUGUGCGUGCUUAUCGUCAUCAGGAAGUACAACGUUUCUAAAAAACGGUGCCGAAGGAUCAAUUUAUGAGUUCAUUCCUAAGGAGAAAGAGAACACAGUUGACAUGUCUCAUGUUAUUUUUGUACCGUGUUUCAAUAUAAGCGAAAUUUUAAAAAAGAUUAAGCAAUUUCGAAUUGACUAUUUUUCAUUAGACGUGGAGGGCGCAGAGAGGGAAGUCUUGAACAAUAUGAAAAAAGAACUUCAACUGAAGACCUUAAUUGUUGAUGUAUGGACAAUAGAAUAUAGAGUUUGGGAUGGAAAACAAAUAGUUUUAGAAAAAUCAAUGCAUAACUUGGCAAUGUUAAGAAAUUUUUUCAAAGAAGUUGGCGGAUAUAUUGAGCAUUCACAUCUUUCUAAUACAAACGAUGUCACUGACGGAAUGGCGUUGGAUGUUGUGUUCGUCAACAGGAAUACAUGGUGUCGAACCUAUCAAACAAAACCAGAUGGAAGCAAAUGUGAUCGGUAAUGCAACUGAUUUGAGUGUUUCAUUUUUCAAAUAUUUCACAAUUUGUUGCAUAAAAGAAUAAUACAACAUGAUGUAGCAGUUACGAUAGGUUUGGAAAUAAAAUAUUCAAUAUUUUGAAAUGCGUUUAAAAGUCUUAAACAAUGACUUAAUAUCUAGCAAAUGGUAGCUCUGUUAAUUUACUAGUAUAGGUAAUGCUUAUCCAUAACCGCUUUAUUCACGUGUAUGCUGUUUGAGUGUUUGAGAUCAGGUGUGAUGAUUGUAAUUGAUUUGUAUUGUUAGUAUGUUUAAUUUUGUAAUAAAGACGUGUGUUGAUCACAAAUUUAAACAAAUAAUUAAAGAAACAAUACAAAAGGGCAGUGAAAAAGAGGUAUAUACAAUAAGAAACAUGCAUCAACCAGGAAACAGGG